UCAUUUGUAUGCAGUAACUGACUAGCAUACAUCUCAAACCUGACCCAACCCUGAACUGCACCUCCACUCCGGUAGGGGGCAGCACCGCAUUGUCUUUGUGUUGUGAGAGUCAUGUUCGAGGAAGUGCAUACACGAGUGUCAGGCAGGGCUAGUGACAUGACUGUGGAGUAGGUAUUUAUGAUGAAGGUGGCUCGUCUGUUGUGAAAUAACGGAUUAAAAUGUAAUUGCUCUUGUUAGCACGACAAGCAGGUUAUAUUACUCGGUUUGAACAAGUGGACGGUUGAACUAUUAUACGCUCAAAAAGGGAGCACAUACUUUCUGUGAGCAUGGCCCGACCUCUGCAGGUCCUCUCCCUCCUCUCCAGGCUUGGUGCUCGGUCUGUGAAGACCUCAGUUUCUAUUACCAGCUGUCGAUAUGCAAGCAAAGGAUUCAACAAGGCAGCGAUGGGACAGAGCCGUGUGCGCAGAGACAGAGUAUCACACAGAGAUGCAAGAGACAUGGAGGACAUGUCUGAUGAUGAAGUGGAGGAAGUAGAAGACAAGCUCCAGACCUUGUUUAAUAAGCAGAGAAAAGAGCAGAGGACUGUGAAAUAUCACAUACUGAGAAGGCAGAUGACUCCACCAGGAGCUCCCCAGAGGAAGCUAACCUGGGAUGCUAUCGAGCAGAUCAAAUAUCUGAAGCAAGAGCAUCCAGAGGAGUGGACGGUGGAGCGUCUGGCUGAGGGCUACUCUGUCACCCCUGAUGUCAUCCGGAGAGUCCUCAAGAGCAAGUUUGUCCCCGCUCCUGAUAAACAAACCAAACAGGAUGCCAAAGUAAUGGCUGGACUCGGUCAGCAGGCGCUGCCUUCAGGUGCUGGGGCAGGGCAGGGCAGGCUAAAGCUGCCUGCAAACCGCACACCAGCUUUACUCACACCUGGAAGUUGGGAAGGUGCAGUGGUGCCUGUGGCUGACAAGACUUUGAUGCUUCGAGGUGAAGGCUCAGGGUUCCUGGCUAUGAGUCCUGCCUCUGUUGCUCUUCUGCCCACCCAGUUCAGAGCUGGUGUUAGUGAUGAUGUCCCUGAGACGAGAUCAAUAGAAGAGGACAGCUUUUCUAAUACAAGUCCUACAGAGGAGGACGACGAGGAGAGCUGGGAUGGACGGCUGUUUACAGAGGAAGAACUGGAAGAGUUUAUGGAAAUGGAACAAUCUUGCCCUGUGGUGCAAGAUGGAAAUGACUAUUUUGAUGCAGAGGGCAACUUUCUGUAUCGAAUCUGAAGACUUCCUGCGUUCAACUGUUGACUAACCAUGUGUGAUGUUCAGGUUGGCAUUAUAACAUAAAGAUUAAUUGUUUGGUCUAUAAAAUAUCAGAAACAGUGAAAAAUAUCCACCCCAGUAUCUUGAAGUCCAAGGUGAAGUCUUGUGCUGUCAGUCCACAAGACAUUCAGUUUAGUGAUGUAUAAAACAGAGAAAAUAGUAAAUCUCUGUAUUUGAGAGGCUGAAACUGCAUUUUAUGCAUGAAAAUGAUGUAUUGAUAAUUAUUUUUAUCUUCUGUUGAUUGAUCGACUCAUCGUUGCAGCUCUACUAAAUAAGCAAAAUAAAACGACAAUUUCUCUAUUAAUUUCUUGAUUUCUUAUUUCCAUAUAUAUUCAGGAAUAAAUAUAGUAAACUGAAAUAAAACCUGAAAUAAAUGCAGCUUUUGUAAAGGCAGAUGAAACUCAAGUUGUACUUUAAGAAUAUCUCAAUCUGCAGCAGCCGCCCUACAACCAGGAAGUGUUUUGGUAACUGAUCCCUUUGUAAUCAACAUAUUUUUACAUUGCUGUACAAUAAGAAUUGGGUUACAAAAAUAGAGGAACAUAUGAAUUUAUUUGCAAACCAAAGCAUAAUUGCCUCAAAUAUACAGAAGAGAAAGAUAGCAGAUACAAAGAUGUAAUCUUGUAUAUUUACAGAACCAUCACAAUGACUUAUUAAUUUAUACAGCAGUUAUAAACCGUAAGAAAAAUGAAUGCAAUAAACCAUCAUAAAAUAACUUACUCAGUGUCUCUCAGUGUAUAGCAGCUACAAAAUAACCCUGUAUCCUCUCUGUGUGUUUUUUUUAACAUUGAGUUGACUAGUCAAAGUUUCACUCAGAAUGAUGUAUUGUGCCAAGACAUGAAAGAGAGAAUAACCAGGUUAUUGUAGGCCAUUUUCUUUACAAAGCUCUGUGGAUUUAAAUAUCGAGAGUUAACAUGCAGAUCAAUGGGAGCUCGUAUGAAACGCGCAUGUCUGUCAUUGCUUAAGGACUCAACUUAGCCAACAAGUGCAACUUCGGGGUGUCACUGACAUACUGGAUGGAACUGGGUACACAUUAGGUGAUAUAAAUAAUAAUCAGUAAAUAGAUGCAUCAUAUCCUAACACCAGGCACUUGUAUAACCACAUCUAAUUUACUGCACUCUGAACCUGCAAGUCACAAAUAAAUAAAACCUGCAUGAAAGCAAUGUGUUUAACACAAGACAGACAAA